CUGAACGCUAACUUAAAAUUGAAAAUCCAACUUCAUUAAUUUAUCAAUUAAUCACGAUGAUGUCCAUGGAAUAUUUCAGGAAGAAUGGGAAGGAAAAUUUUAAGAUUUUGAAAUCUGUCUGGGAGGUUAUAAAAGAUUAUUUAGUGAUACUUUUGGCAAUGAUAGCUGUUCUAGUUGCUGGAUUGGAGGUAACGUCUGGCAGUUUUGAAUGUGUUUCAGUUGUCAAUUGUCGCAACAUAGCAAAUAACAUUUCGAAUGCCUCGUGGCCACAAGCAAAUUUAAUAUUUUCUAGUAUUUGCAAAAAAUACUACCGGUCUCAGACUACAAGCUUUGCGGAACGAACGGAAGUCGUUACAGAUCAAAAUAUCAACUGUUUAUACAAAAGUUUUGUCAAUUCAGAAUGCAGUAAAAGCGUAAUUCUAAACUACCUUGCUUAUUUGUGGAUCGUGUUGUUCGCUGAAGCAUUAUUGCUUUUCAUUCUCGACAAUUUCUGGUUGAAAAUUCCUUUAACUUCGUCGGUAAUUGAAACAUUUGUUGAUCUUGUGAUGACGCGUUACGAUUCACCGUGUCCUAAUUUUGAAGUCACUUUUGCAUUAUUUCAGUCAAAUUAUAAGAAAACCCCUGGAUAUGUGAGCAUCCCAAAGGAUGGUACUCGCAACUUAAACGAUGAAUUCUAUAAUUUAGAUUCCCUUCCUGACAGUACAAUUACUAGUGCGUUAAAGGGUUUGUAUGAGAAAGUACAAACACUAGAUCAAAACAUGGCCACAUCGCGUCCCAAUGUCACAAUUUCACGUCUCUAUACUAUCAGAAAUGUGCUUCAAGUAUUUCUUACAAUAAUAUUUUUCGUCAUUAAUAUUAUUCAUUGUUUGAAAGAUAUAAAAGACACAAUGACGUGUACACUCACUCAAAGCAUUUCCAUUCCUCACGAUUAUUUCUUAUGCUCUCAUAGCCUAGCUCAGGCUUUGUCUUUUAUUGUAUACAUUUAUGAUGGAAUCGUAUUAGUGAGUGGAAUGAUAGUGUUUUGGAUAAGUUUUAGGACUAUUCAAUUGUGUCGUAAACAAAAUAAUUAUGAUUUUUCCAAAAAAUUACCUCAACAAUCUUUUGAUCAGCUAUCCGAUAUAGAUCCAUUAUGUGGAGAUCUUGGAUUUUUUCUUCAUUUAUUGGAUUCUUACAACAAAAUGUACUUUAUAAGGUUUGCUCAUUUCCUUUCAAAAGAGAACAGAAAGAAGAUCGAUGCCCAUACAUUUAACAUUAAAUUUCCUAUUUCAAUUCUACAAGCUACUGUAGAAAAGAACAAAAUUAUCUUUUAG